ACCAUUAAAUAAGCAUUAGAACCGUUGAGACAGUUCGCGCCUGCAUUAAUCGUGAUAAGGCUCAGCACCACCGUGACAGCUGUUCGCUUCAUUCACGAGUCAACAACUAAACGCAGCAGCGAGUGAAUUUCCAUUUCCAAAUUCCAUAGUGUUGCUGCCAAGUGCAGACACGUCCCAGCGCGCUCUCUCUCUCUCUCUUCCCCUUUCUCUCUCUAGAAAAAAAAAUGCCUGGGAUGUGAGAGAGAAGAAAGAGGAAGAAGAAGAUGCCGAACAUAGCAUCGUUUCGAUUCCUUCUGACGUGGACGCUCUUCCUCUGCUUUGCAUUUACUGCUCGUGCAGCUCAACGAGGGCCAUUUGCUAUGCGCAUAAGCUGUGGGGCUCGUCAUAAUGUUCAAACAAAACCAACCACUACCCUUUGGUAUAAAGACUUUGGAUAUACAGGAGGCAUUCCCACUAAUGCAUCUAAAACAAGUUACAUUGCCCCCCCUCUUGAAACUCUUCGCUAUUUCCCCUUGUCAGAAGGUCCUUCAAAUUGCUACAACAUUAAUAGAGUUCCAAAGGGGCACUACUCAAUCAGGAUCUUUUUUGGACUUGUUGCACAAGCUAGAGCUACCAAUGAACCCCUAUUUGACAUCUCAAUUCAAGGAACUCAAAUAUAUUCUUUGAAAUCAGGUUGGACCAGUCAGGAUGAUCAAGCAUUUACUGAAGCCCAAGUAUUUCUUACGGAUGGUUCAGUCUCAAUCUGUUUCCAUGGCACAGGUCAUGGAGAUCCAGCAAUCCUUUCAAUUGAGAUUCUCCAAAUUGAUGAUAAAGCUUAUUAUUUUGGACCGCAGUGGAAUCGCGGGUUAAUACUUAGAACAGUCAAAAGACUGAGCUGUGGUUUUGGGCAGUCAAAAUAUGGUGUGGAUUAUGGUGCAGAUCCCCGGGGAGGGGACAGAUUUUGGCAUCAUAUUAAAACUUUUGGUGAGGAUUCUGAUCGACCUAGAUCUGUUGAAACUAGAAUCAAACAGGCAUCACAUCCACCAAAUUUUUAUCCAGAAACUCUGUAUCGAUCAGCACUUGUAAGUACUAGUAGCCAGCCUGAAUUAACAUAUACAUUGGACGUUGAUCCCAACAAAAACUAUUCUGUUUGGUUACAUUUUGCGGAGAUUGAUAAUUCAGUGACUGCUGAAGGUCAAAGGGUCUUCGACAUUAUGAUAAACGGUGAUAUUGCUUUUAAAGAUAUUGACAUUGUGAAAUUGAGUGGGGAUCGUUACACUGCCCUUGUGCUUAAUACUACUGUUACUGUUAAUGGGAGGACUUUGACCAUCACAUUGAGUCCCAAAAAAGGUAGUUUUGCCAUAAUCAAUGCCAUAGAGAUAUUGGAGGUAAUAAUGACCGAGUCAAAAACAUUAUCAAAUGAAGUUAUGGCUUUACAAUCAUUGAAGAAGGCUUUGGGGCUUCCUCCCAGGUUUGGGUGGAAUGGUGAUCCAUGUGUUCCCCAACAACAUCCAUGGACUGGUGCAGAUUGCCGAUUAGACAAAAGUAGCAGCAAAUGGGUCAUUGAUGGACUUGGUCUUGACAAUCAAGGUCUGAAGGGUUUUUUGCCAAAUGACAUUUCCAGACUGCAUAAUCUACAAAUCCUAAACUUGAGUGGAAACAGCAUUCGUGGGGCUAUUCCAUCCUCACUUGGAAAAAUAACUAGCUUGCAAGUGCUUGACAUAUCCUACAACUUUUUCAAUGGAUCAAUUCCUGAAAGCCUUGGACAAUUGACAUUGUUACAAAGACUGAACCUUAAUGGCAACUCCCUGUCUGGAAGGGUCCCAGCAACACUAGGAGGAAGACUUCUGCAUGGGGCUAGCUUUAAUUUUACUGAUAAUGCAGGUCUAUGCGGCAUACCUGGAUUACCUACUUGUGGACCUCACCUUUCUGCUGGUGCUAAAGUUGGUAUUGGGUUAGGUGUUUCUUUUACUUUUCUACUUCUUAUUACCGGUUCGGUUUGCUGGUGGAAAAGGCGGCAGAAUAUUCUCCGGGUUCAGCAAAUUACUGCAAGAGCAGCUCCGUAUGCGAAAGCAAGGACCCAGUUUUCACGUGACAUCCAGAUGACAAGGCAUAACAAUAACAAUUAUGGCAAUGCUCACACUGCUGCGGAGAAUGGGCCUAUCUUGCUUUCACGAUAACACCCCAUUGUUAUUCUGGGUAAUCUGAUCUGAUGGCUGUUCCCCAUAGCGUGCUUCCCCAAAUAUUGACAACACUUUCUUGUCCCCCUUGAAUCACUUCUUACAAGCUGGGAACCCUCUUAAUUUGUAAAUCAUAAUUUUGUACAUCAUCUUUACGUUUUCGUCUCCCAUUCUCUUUGAACUUUUAUACAUAUUUUUUCUUUUUUCUAUUUGUUAGUAGAGGUUUUGUAACAUUUAAAAAGUUGAAAUGCAAAUAGAAAUCAUGAUGUUCUAUGAAA